CAGUUGCUUUCGCGAAAAUAGUCACGCUUUUGAGAAGUAUUACGUUUUCGCGGUUUUAGUUAUUAGAUAGUUGAAGGUUCAUGAAGAUUUAUGUGGAUGCAUUAAAAGCUGCAAAAAUAUCUCGCUUUUGCGCUACCAGUAAUCAUCCGCAGUGCAAUGAAAUCAUCCUCAGCAAAAACAAAAAAGCAACCGUCCGCUGGAACAUCCGCGGCAUGCGAACCGAAAGAGAAACGGCUAAAAGUGGAUAACGAAUGUAGAGACCGUUUAUUCGUUGAACGAUUUACCGACUGUCGUAAUGAGACGGCCAAAUCGAUUCUAGAUUUUAAUUUCAAGAAAAAACGCGUUAGAGUUCUUUCCGAUGCCCGGGAAGUCGAGGAUGGAAAGAGCGCAGUGAUGUACUGGAUGUCGCGUGAUGCACGUGUACAAGAUAAUUGGGCAUUUUUGUAUGCUCAAAAACUUGCCAUGAAAAAUGAGUUGCCGCUGCAUGUUUGUUUCAGUUUAGUACCCAAAUUUCUCGAUGCUACAAUCAGGCAUUACAAAUUCAUGUUAAAAGGUCUAGAGGAAGUUGCAGAGGAGUGUGAAAAGCUGGAUAUUAAUUUUCAUAUGCUCACAGGAAUGGCCAAGGAUACUAUUCCAAAGUUUGUCAAUGAUCACAAAAUCGGAGCAGUGGUGUGCGAUUUUAGUCCACUGCGUGUACCCAUGCAAUGGGUAGAAGAUGUUCGCCAAGCGUUACCAUCGGAAGUUCCGUUUUGUCAAGUUGACGCUCAUAAUAUCGUACCCGUAUGGGUAACUUCUGAAAAGCUGGAAUAUGCUGCUAGGACAAUACGCAGCAAAAUUAACAAAAAUCUUGAUGAAUAUUUGACACAGUUUCCGCCGGUUAUAAAACACCCCUUUAAAUCGGCACCUAAAGCAAAUUCUGUUAACUGGGUGAAACUACAGGAUCUGUUGAAAGUGGAUAGAACCAUAGACGAAGUCGAGUGGGCUGUUCCUGGUUACAAAGGCGGAGUUGUGAUGUUGCAAAGUUUCAUUGAAAAGAGAUUGCGAAAGUUCAAUUCCAAGCGUAAUGAUCCGACGGACGACGCUUUGUCAAAUCUUUCACCAUGGUUCCACUUUGGGCAAAUUUCAGUUCAACGGAGCGUAUUGGCUGUGAAACAGCACGGUAAAGGUUUUUCCGAGGGAGUGGCUGCUUUCUGCGAGGAAGCAAUCGUUCGGCGAGAGCUUUCGGACAAUUUUUGCUACUACAAUAAGUACUAUGACAAUCUGAAGGGCGCUCACGAUUGGGCUCAAAAAACACUUCAAGACCAUCGUAAAGAUAAGCGAACGAAUAUCUAUUCGCGAGAGGAGCUGGAACAGGCAAAAACCCACGAUGACCUAUGGAAUUCCGCUCAAAUACAGAUGGUGAAAGAAGGAAAGAUGCAUGGUUUUCUGCGAAUGUAUUGGGCGAAAAAAAUUCUGGAAUGGACUCCAUCGCCGGAGGAAGCGUUGGCGAUAGCAAUUUGGCUGAACGAUCGUUACCAGCUGGACGGGCGUGAUCCGAACGGAUACGUUGGUUGUAUGUGGUCGAUUGCAGGCGUCCACGAUCAGGGAUGGCGCGAGCGAGAUGUGUUCGGAAAGAUUCGUUACAUGAACUACGAAGGUUGUAAACGAAAGUUUGAUGUAGCCGCAUUCGUGGCCCGUUAUGGAGGGAAAGUUCAUCGGAAGAAGUAAGUCACUGCUACGGGAUAUCGCUGCGCUGUAUGUACCAUUACUUCUCAUUUCAAAACCCAAUUAUUUGUUUAAUUACUCGAAUCAACUGCAGGUCAGAAACGUACACGAAAAAAAAAACAAACACACGCACAAUAAAAGGUAGAUAAAAAUA